AGCAAGUCGGAAAUCCGUUUGAUGACUCUGUCGGAGACCGCCGUUUAGCUUAGCUCGCAGCCCCGCAUAGCUUCACUCAGACCGGAGUUAAAGGCAGAAAUAGGAGCGGUGUGUGAAGAGCAGGUGCAGGGAGGUAGGGGGACACACUGGCACAGCACCUGUCGCUGCUGCAGGCUGAGUCACAACUGGUGAAGAAGGAAGGUCUGGAGAGGGAACGUGAGAGGAGGAGGAGGUGGAGGAGGAGGGGAAGACGAAGAAGAAGACGAAGAAGAGAGGGAGAUAAGCCACGACAGGAAGCAAAACGACGCGCGCGCUCAGACCUACACACCGCUUGUUUCGUGUGCGUGCGCUUGUCUGCGUCUGAGGGGGAGAGAGAGCGCGAGAGAGAGAGGCUGGGCGAGUUAUAGAGGGUGAACGGGAAAGGAAGAAAGGGAGGGAGAGUGACGCGGAGGCUGGGAGAGCCGUUUCCCCCUCCCCUCCACCUCCUCCUCUCCUCUCCCUCGCUUUCUCCUCUCCUCUCCUCUUCUCCUCCCCUCCCCUCCCUCUCUGGCUGUGUGGAGCAGGCGUGUAACGGCAUCAGACUCGGCGUGAAGGAACCAUGAGCGAUGUCACCAUCGUUAGAGAGGGAUGGCUCCAGAAAAGGGGUGAAUACAUAAAGAACUGGCGGCCACGUUACUUCCUGCUGAAGACAGACGGCUCCUUCAUCGGCUACAAAGAGAAACCUCAGGAUGCAGACCUCCCUUAUCCUCUAAAUAACUUUUCAGUAGCAAAAUGCCAGCUGAUGAAGACAGAGAGGCCGAAGCCAAACACCUUCAUCAUACGCUGCCUUCAGUGGACCACUGUCAUUGAAAGGACCUUCCAUGUGGAUUCGCCUGAUGAACGAGAUGAGUGGACAGAGGCCAUCCAGAUGGUGGCAGACAAGCUGCAGAGACAAGAGGAGGAGAGGAUCCAGUGCAGCCCCACCUCCAAUAUUGACAACAUGGUGGAGGAGGAAAUGGACAUCUCCACUACACACCACAAACGCAAGACGAUGAGUGACUUUGAUUACCUGAAGCUGCUGGGAAAGGGAACGUUUGGUAAAGUCAUCCUUGUCCGGGAAAAGGCCAGCGGGAAGUAUUACGCCAUGAAAAUCCUUAAAAAAGAAGUCAUCAUAGCCAAGGAUGAAGUUGCUCACACACUCACAGAGAGCCGAGUACUGAAAAACACCAGGCAUCCUUUUCUCACUUCGCUGAAGUAUUCAUUCCAGACUAAAGACCGUCUCUGUUUUGUCAUGGAGUACGUGAAUGGAGGGGAGCUGUUUUUCCAUUUGUCCAGAGAGCGAGUGUUCUCUGAGGAGCGCACGCGCUUCUACGGCGCCGAGAUUGUCUCAGCUCUCAACUACCUGCAUUCAGCCAAGAUUGUGUACCGGGACCUCAAGUUGGAAAACCUGAUGCUGGAUAAAGAUGGUCAUAUAAAAAUCACAGAUUUUGGACUCUGCAAGGAGGGCAUCACUGAUGCUGCUACAAUGAAGACCUUCUGUGGAACGCCAGAGUACCUCGCUCCAGAGGUCCUGGAGGACAACGACUAUGGCCGAGCCGUGGACUGGUGGGGGCUGGGCGUGGUGACGUACGAGAUGAUGUGCGGCCGGCUGCCGUUCUACAACCAGGACCACGAGAAGCUGUUCGAGCUCAUCCUCAUGGAGGACAUCAAGUUCCCGCGCACGCUGUCGGCCGACGCCAAGUCGCUGCUGUCCGGCCUGCUCAUCAAAGACCCAAACAAAAGGCUCGGGGGCGGACCAGAAGACGCUAAAGAAAUAAUGAGGCACAGUUUCUUCUCUGGCAUCGACUGGCAGGACGUUUACGACAAAAAGCUCGUCCCUCCCUUCAAGCCUCAGGUGACGUCGGAGACGGACACCAGGUACUUCGACGAGGAGUUCACAGCUCAGACCAUCACAAUCACUCCACCAGAGAAAUUCGAUGAGGAUGGAAUGGACUGUCUGGACAACGAGAGGCGACCGCACUUCCCGCAGUUCUCGUACUCGGCCAGCGGGCGAGAAUGAACUGUCCAUCACGGUGACAUUGUCACAGCUGGUCUCUGAGGCCGCCAGCGUGGGACACGAAGACCCCGCAGCUUCGGACCAACCCAGACUUGAAGGAUUUUUGCCCUUUUCUCCUCCAUUCCUACUCUUCAGUCUGCUUGUUACUUUAUUGAUUUGUUUCUCUCUCUCUCUUUUUUGUGAAUCUCUUCAGAGGUCAAAACCUCGAGGCAAAAUCUGAGUUCACUCCUGCACUCUGAACUGCGACGCACGCGAUAGGUUGACUUUUUUUAACGACCCUUUAACGACGGGAGCUUCACCGGCCCCUUGCUGUGCUUUGACACCUGUUGCUCUAAAAAUAAAAGAAAAAAGAAAAGCCCAAGCUCUAAGAUAUUAGCCGGCGCAGUUUUCAGGUAGUGUUCGUAUCUGCGCGACAGCGAUUCAGCGCUUUCAGUUGUUGGAACCCAAACUGCCAUAGCGGGUCGUAACUCAGGCUUUCGCGAACACAAACUCGGAGAGACGUUUGUGUGUCGCGACUUGUCGUCGGUUCGGUGAUUCCGGGUCGGACUGAGCAGCGUGGGGACCCCACACACUCCUUCCCUCAGGUGCUGCUCAGUGCAAGUCAUGUUGUUGCUGCUAUUUCAACUACAACCACAACGACUACAGGUACCGCUCUUCUUCUACUGCUACUACUGAAAUCCGGUGCUACACCUCCAGCUAACCGUUACCCAGGCGACAGCUAAACGCCCCAAACUAUGCUCGUCCAGCUGCUACCUUUUACUCUGCUGCUCUUAAAUGUCAUCAACCGAUGAUCACCAUGGGCUUUUCUUUCCUGGCAACUCAAAGCACAGCAGUCCAAGCAGAUGAAGCUCCGGCUAAUACAGUUAGCUUUACUACGUCACCAACGAUGCGGCGGAAAUGCAAGAAGAAGUGAAAGUUAGAAUAAAACAGCUGGUUUGAAUGUUUUCCCCCUCCCCAACCGAAGUUUUUUUUUCUCUUUAUCUUUUUUUUCUUUCUUUUAUUUGAAUUUACCUUAAAUCUCCAGAAAGGGAAAAGCUUAACUGAAAUGGUACUUUCUCAGCUUUACUGUGACUCGCGGUUAUCACGGCUUUGGGAUCCACACGGCUGUACCUCUUAGCGGUGAAUCCGGAAUGUCAGAUUUAGGAAAGGGACUGUUAUUAGAAGCGACGAGGUGGGGAGGAAAAAAAAAAUGCAAUAUUAAUAAUGAUUUAUAAUGUGAUCACUUAUGAUGUAGUGAGGUAACAGCUUAGCUACUGUUUUCUGCAAGUUAAUUAAGGCGGUUUUUAAAACGACACUGUCUGUGAGGAAGUAAACAGAAGCUGAUGUGAGUUUACAAGAAUCACAACAAUUGCUAUAAUAUAUAUAUAUAUGUUCUAUUUAUUGCUCUACACAUUGGUUUUAUAUUUAACCUUUUCUAUUGUUAUUACAUGAUUUAAAAAGUAUAUUGUUGUUUCUUAAGAUUGAGAGAAAUAUUGCACCUCAAGAAACAAAAAUGGCUCAAGAAUGUCGGAGGGAAAGCAGAAAGCCUUCCUGCUCCAUUUCUUUGUUUUUUUUUUUAUUUUAGGCUUUGUGUUGUUCUGUGACCAAAAUGUGACGGCCGGAGGAGACGGCACACACUGAAGACGGCUUAUCGGUUUCAUGUUGACGCCUGAAUGUCCCUGAUUUUUAUUUGUUAGACGUGUGUUUGGUGACGGCCAAGGCGGCGUUCAGAGAGGAAGUGGAAGUGGAUCAAAGGGAGAAUGAGGAAGGGUGAUGUGUAAGUGUGUUGAGAAAAGAGACAAAAAGAGUUUAGUAUGCAAGGUAGAGAGUCACCGAGAAGUUGGCGGAUGACUGAAAACAGGCAGUUUUCAGAUUCUUUCCAGUCAGUGAAUGCACCGUACCCAACCACUACCAGGACUUAACAGUAACCCUCUUCCUGUGGAAGUUGUUACAGAGAGAAGACUCAUAACUGGCUGUUUUCAGGACAGGAGAGACAUUUAAAGGAAAUCAGAGGAAGUGUGUGAGAUGUUUUAAGCUAUGUGAAUGAAACAGUAGAUUCUAUGGCGGUUCAGUCCUGUUGCCAACGACUUUAAAAGUCUGACAACAUCCAGGAUGUGAAUAUUCAUUCACAGUGUUUAGAAGUAGGGUAGGUUUCCAACAUUCACUUCUGUUUGUUGAUGAUCUGGUUAAGGAAUUCAGAUGUUAUUACACUGUAACAACAGAAACUCAAUAGCCCAGCAAGUCACCUUUGAACCUACAUAUUGUGCAUCUGAAACCAGUCCAUUGUGAUUUGUUUUGGAGUGCAAUAUCAAGGCCUUCUCAUUAUGUUAUUCAUGCUCCUUUGUAAAGGCAAAUUGAUCAUUUAACAAGAUGAUUUGGCUUAAAAACACUGAUUAUAAUAGACUAACAUGCUGUCAAUAACCAUGAAGUGUAAAUUAAAUUAGGAGAGUCUGAAACCUUUAAUUUAUAAUAGCGUUGACUCCUUUAAAAUGAAAGGAGUCAUCUUUCUCUCAAGGAGCAGAUUGCUGUUUUAUAAAUGCUAACUGGACUGAUUAGCAUUGGCUAACGACAGUAAGGCUGGCAACAAAUAUUUCAAACCCUGCCGAAGAUAAAUCGUUUUGUCUGAAUCUGAAAUUGGCCACAAACCUGUGAUCGGUGCACCUCUACCUGAAUGUCGAUGGCAGACCGACCCGUGACCCCUGAUGUCUUCGGCCCGUGCCGUCUCCUAAAACGUGCCGUGCCGUUUUAGAAAUUCCCCUCGAUUUCUCUGUCUCCAGUCGCUGUUGGGGAAGCCUGAUGGUUUCACUUCAUUCACAAGGUCAAAAACGUCUGAGUCUAAAAGAGAGAGGAAAAAAAUAAUAAUCAAAGACAACCUGUUGUGUUUUUAGCAUCUGGCUUACACACACCGAGGGUAUCAGGGGAGUUGCUCUGAGGCAGAGAAAACAUUACUCCAGUAUAUUAUUUAUUUGAAUGUCUUUGGAUAACUUGAAUUUGUUUUCUAUUUAAUUUAUUCGUUGUCGUUGUUGUUUUGUUUUGGGCCUUUAGCAGUAAGGCGAGGUUGUAGUUUUGUUCUUAAAAUAAAUGUUUUAAUUUUUUCUUUGUUUAAAGGUACGUCUUACACACAACCUCUUACCUGUUUUUCUGCUGCUCUCAAGUCCACAUGCUUUACUGUUGCACUACCAUUAAACUGCAAAUAGCUAGCAAACCCGCUUAAUGGCAGAAAGUUCAGAAAGGAAAAGAAGCAAAAAAAUGAAAAUUAAAAAAAAUGGACGGCGCUGGCCUGCAUGCUGCAGUUCUCCUCCGUCCAUCAGCCCCGAGUCAAAAUGGCGCUCUGAACUCCGAUGAAAAAUACUCGUGAGAGUGUGUGAUCGACGCGGCCUGUUUGGUAGCCGGGAAAAGUCCAAAUCCCACCCAGCUGGCACCCCUGACAGGCUCAAGGAAGCGCUCUCAAGUAUUUGGAAGGAUUUCAGCUUUGACUUGACUCAGGUCGGCGAGCAGCUGAGGAGUUCUAGCUGUGUGCGAACACGUUAACGCCAAAAACCAUUAGGAAAUAAAACCAAAAAAAACAA